UUGCUAUGCCUAUUUUAACUUUUUCGUUUUUGAAAGAUUCCCAAACAUGGGUUUCUUUCAAGAGCAGUGACCAACCCGCGCAAGAAGAGCGUGAAGAACGGGUUGGAAUAGAUGCCACCUUCCUUACCUGGGAAAGGCCCCUUUACCCCCAGAGAGUAG